CUCUCAGGAUCAGAGUGCUAGUAGCUUGAGCGCACCUUAGUGACUGAGAUCCACAGAGCAACAUGGCCGGUUUCCCAACACUUCCCAUCCUCAUCUUUCUUCUCUGCCAACUCCCAGUGUUGGACGCUUCAGAAGAAUUGAAGGAGCUGGUCUGUGCCCUAGGUGGAUCUGUGACUUUUCCUCUGAAUUUCACCAUAGAGCCGGUUGACAGUAUUGUCUGGACCUUCGAAACAGUCACUCUUGCCACCAUACAGCCAGCCAUGGAGAACAAUCCAGCCAAGAUCAUAGUGACUCAAAGUCGUAACAGGGAUAGGAUGAACUUCACAAGUGAAAACUACUCCCUGAAACUCGAUAAGCUGAUGAAGAAUGAUUCGGGUGCCUACCGUGUGGAAAUACACAGUUCAUCCUCCCAGAAUCCCUUCAUCCAAAAGUAUAAGCUGGAUGUCUAUGAGUACCUGGUAGAGCCCAAAGUCACCAUGGCUCUGCAGAGCAAUAAGAAUGGCACCUGCAUGACCAAUCUGACAUGUUCCAUGGAGCAAGAAGGAGAAAAUGUGACCUACAGCUGGAAGGCCCAAGGGCAGAUGAUGAACAUGUCCUAUAACGGCUCCUUCCUCCCCAUUUCCUGGAGUCUGGAGGAAAGAGAUAUGAGCUUCAUCUGCAUUGCCAGUAACCCCAUCAGCAGCAACUUCUCCCGACCCAUCUUUGCCAGGAAACUCUGUGAAGGUGUCACUGGUGACACAAAUUUCUUCAUAUUCUUCUUGUGUCUCCUGUUGGUACCCAUCACGCUUGUUCUCCUUGUUCCGGUGCUGGUUCAUUGGAGAUCACAGAGAAAGAAAGAAAAAGAGUUCAUGGAAAAGAAGAGAACAAAUUCUCACCAGAAAAGUCCUGAGUUCCACCCACAUUCUGGAGAGAACUCGGAGUAUGCCACAAUCUCAUCUUCUGAUAAAAAAACCUCAGAAGAAGAUCCUGAGAAUAUAUUGUAUUCUACUGUACAGAUACCAAAAAAGGUGGAGAAUCCGCACUCGCUGCCUGGGAUACCAGACGUAGCAAGGCAAGUCAGCUUUGAGAAUGUCAUCUAAAAGCAGUGCAUUCCAUCAAGUCCUUCCCAGAAGAAAAUGACAGGAGCAGUCAGUGACCUGACCAGAGCAUCAAGGAAGAAUUAAGAGCACUGACUUCUAGAACACACCAGCUUGUAACUAGCUUUCACAUUUAAGAAUUCAUAAUUCUACUUACCUCUACUCAGACUCUAAAAGAGAAAUCAUUUCUUCCUGAAAAUGUGGUUGUCAGCUUGUCAGAAAACCCCAAGAAAGCAGCUUAGAAGAGAUUUUGUAGAAAUGGAGAUGUAAAGUAGUGUCACUGGUAUUAAUGAUAGCCUCUGUUGCAUUAAUAACGGCUCCAAGCCAAGGCUUGGCAUCCCAUCUCACUCCACGGCUGGAGGUCAGAAUAUGCCAAGAGUCUGCUUGCCAGGAGAGCAAGUCUUCUGGCCAGAUAUAUGGGAAUAGCAAGUCCAGCAGAACCAGGUAUAGAUACUGACUCCUCAGUACUGGGUGCCUGGUACUGUGCUAUGCCAAGACACCAUCUUGAGAAAAUGGUUCCUCAUGGACAUCUUUAAUGGGCAGCUUUAGUAGACCUGAUCACAGUUGGCCAGAGAAUUGAGUAUAUAGGACUUGAAGGCCAAAGUACAGAAAGAUGGAGAAUCCAGGCCAAAACAGUGGUUGGCACCAUUGACUGAGACUCAUAGAUGGACCUGGACAAGGACAAAGACCUCCAGCACUAACUUUAUUUAUAUUCUUGGGCUACAGGAAAAUAGCCUGGGACCAAGGUUUGUAUAGGAGCCAAUUUCAUUGGUGAAAUGGAAACAGAGGGCACAUUUUGGACCUAGUAAAGGAAAUCAGGGGUCAAAGAAUGGUGGCUUGGGAGAUGAUUACUGGAAAACCUUUCACAUCUUUAAUUUGCUCAGCAAAUGUUUUUUGAGAACUUGUACUAAGACAGUCUGGUAAAUGAAACAAACUUGAUCCCUGCCUGCAAUAGAACUCACCUUCUUUUGAAGAAGUAAAAACCUGGAGAGAGGGGGUGGGGCAAGCUGCUUCUGAUUGGUUCCCUGACACAUGUCUUAACUGGAGCCAUGAAGGAAUCUGGUGUCCCAGUGCUGGCAGUAGGAACUCAAGUAGGACAAAGUCUGUUUAACCUUGU